AUGAAAUUGUCAGACCCCAAUAUCGAGAUAAACUCCAGCACGGCAAUACCAAUGUACUUUUUUGGAAUAUUGUUCCUGUAUCUCUGUAAAAACGUAAAUUUUUUCGACGUCAAAUCGACUACACUCACGAAAGAAAAUGUCACAGGAAGCUCGCACCACUGGGAGACUGUCGACUGUGCGAAAAUUUUCCGACACUUACGCUCCACCUUUCAUCUCACACUGUUUUUCAAUGAAACAACUUUUGUCACGACUAUCUCCCAGCACAGUAAAGUAUGUGAAGAUGUCAUCACAAGCGGCUUCGAUUUUGUUUUCCGGAUAAGGAUCUACUACGACUACCGAGUAUAAUCGAUAUUAUCUUAUUUGACACUGCGCAUAAUCUUCACGUAAGAUCAUCGCGUGUCGUGUGGUUCUUUCGAAGAAAUAAUUCCAAACGAAAACCUUUUCCAUUUUAUGAUGUCCUUUUCACCACCUGACACGACUCUAUCGACAAUUUUCGCUCUGCCAUAAUACAGGGGAAUUGAAGCGCUAGACGCUGAUCUACUAGGGGCUGUUGUUGAUACGGGGUUAGUAGAUGCUUCCGGCUAUAUGUAGGCUAUAACUGCUUUUUUGUUAGACAGGAACGAGCUGUUUUAGCGAACACAGUCGCGGAUGAAAAGUUUUCCGUUCCGGAGUCGCACUUUUGCACGCUGCGAAUGUAAGAAGUUCUAACAGCCUCGUCUCUUGUUGCUGAACUCCAAUACAAUCUGGUGCUUAAUUCUCGCCAUGUAUUGCCAGGACGCUGCUGCCUUGUUAUCAACAGGUCACAUCUGACGCUGUCUCUUCCUCUGUACUUCUACGUUUUCGACUUUUCUAUUACACGACUUUUGUUAAUCUGUCGAUGUACCGAUUUGAUCUUUGGGUUAAUAGUGGUGAUAUUUUUUAUCGCUUCUGCUAAUCCAAAUCUCACUCGUUGCAUUCGUCAAGAGACUGCAAGCGACUGUCCGCUAAAAACCUUUUUCGCUCUACGUUUUAUUCACAAAAACGAUGAAACGAAAUCUACGACUCAC